AUGGAGACUGCACACCCGCCAAAGGUAGGUCUGCCCCACCUAGGGGCCGAGGUCAGGCUAGGGCUAGUGACGGCAUGGGCCGAGGACAAAGAGCACCGGGCAGAGGUGCCGGAUUUAGGCUCUACACACUCUUACGUAGUUAGUGCGGUGUCUGAGACCUUGGGGUUAUCGUUUGAGAGCACUUAUAGUGAGAUAACAGCGGUGAUUCUGUUGAGGCAAUUUGUUGGGGUUAACAAACUGUUUAGAGACAUUGCUUUGAGAAUCAAAGAGGAUAUCGAGGUAAUCGUGAUUAGGGAACGACGAGAUUAUCUGACUAAUGUGAUAUCUGCAUUAGUGGUAGAAAAGUUAGUAAGGAAGGGGUACGAGGCGUACUUGGCGUAUAUCAGUGUUGCUGAUUCUGAGAACUCUUCGGUUAAGGAUAUCCGAACGGUGAGGGACUUUCCAGAUGUCUUUCCAGAGGAACUGCCAGGAUUACCUCCAAAUCGUAAGGUAGAGGACGGUGCUACGGCCAAUUUUGGGAUUAACAGUGAUGGGGUAUUGUGUUUCCGCGGUCAGAUCUAUGUACCGAAUGAUGAAGAUUUGAGACUAUCGAUUUUGAGGGAGGCGCAUAGUAGCCCUUAUGCUAUGUAUCUCGAUGGGAACAAAAUCUAUCGAGAUCUCCGAGAGUUGUACUGGUGGCCAGGAUUGAAACGUGAGGUUACUGACUUUGUUGCUCGCUGUUUGACUUGUCAACAGACCGCACAUUUCAUUCCUGUUAGGACAGACUUCUCCUUACAGAAGUUGGCCAAGCUUUACAUUUCUGAGGUAGUAAGGCUGCAUGGGGUAUCUGUUUCGAUCAUUUCUGAUAGGGAUCCUCGUUUUACGUCUCGAUUUUGA